AAGUGGUUACGUUCACAGUCAUGGCGACCUCCUGUGCAGCGAGAGGCAACGUGAUCACCUAAAAUGAGCAACUUUUGGUUUACUUGGACAACCAGCAUCGGCAUCAUUUAAAUUCAACACAUCCCUCUUUAAGAAAUAAGUUUUCACUCCCGGACUUUUUCGUUCAAAGACAUAGUAUUCUGUCAUCAGCCCAGAAAUGGCUUCAUUUAAACCCACAAAAAUCCAAGUUUAUCCCAAACUUGGAGAGAAAGUCACACAAGACACACUGUACUGGAAAAACUACAAGGCUCCAGUCCAGAUAAAAGAAUUUGGAGCUGUCACAAACAUAGACUUUUCCCCAGUGGCUCCACAUAAUUUUGCUGUGACAGCAUUCACAAGGAUCCACAUUUACGGGCCGUUCUCCCAGGAGCCUGUGAAGUCAUUUACACGGUUUAAAGAUACUGCGUACUGUGGGAGGUUCAGGUCAGAUGGACAGCUACUCGCGGCGGGAUGCGAGGACUCUGUGGUCCGGCUAUUUGACGUCAGCGGCAAGGUGGCGCUCAGGAUGUUCAAAGGGCACACAAAGGCUGUACACGUAACAGACUUUACCUCAGACCGUUACCAGAUCGUCACGGGGUCAGACGACUAUACCUGUCGACUCUGGGACAUCCCAAAUGCCACAGAGCUCAGCACCUACCAAGAACACACAGAUUACAUCCGCUGCGGUGUCACCAGCAAACUCAACAGAGACCUCUUCAUUACUGGAUCAUAUGACCACACACUGAAAGUGUUUGAUGCUAGAGUGGAUAAGAGUGUGAUGACCAUGGACCAUGGCCAGCCAGUGGAGAGUCUGCUUCUCUAUCCUUCUGAGGGUCUCCUCGUCUCUGCAGGGGGGCGCUAUGUGAAAGUGUGGGAUCUGCUAAAAGGAGGCCAGCCUCUAGUGUCCCUGAAGAACCAUCACAAAACUGUCACCUGUUUGAGUCUUAGCAGCAAUGGGCAGAGACUGCUGUCAGGCUCUCUGGACAGGCAUGUAAAGGUCUACAACACAACUAACUACAAAGUGGUCCACAACUUUGACUACGCUGCCUCCAUCCUCAGUCUGGCUUUAGCUCCGGAUGAUGAAUCCAUUGUGGUGGGUAUGACCAACGGUAUUCUGAGCAUGAAACACAGAAAAAGCCCAGAGGAGGCAAAGGAAACCUCUGGCCAACCGAGGCGACGACCUUCAUAUCGUGUCUUUGUGAAGGGGAAGAACUAUGUCCCCAAACAGGAUGAUUAUCUCGUCAGUAAGCCAGUGAAACAGCAUUUGGCCAAAUACGAUAAGCAGCUCAAGAAAUUUAAUGUAUCUAAGGCUUUAGAUACAGCUCUGGAGUCUUGGACAAGACUGAGAAAACCAGAGAUCACAGUUGCUGUUGUAAAGGAGCUGGAUCGAAGAGGAACACUGAAGAACGCUCUGGCAGGAAGGGAUGAACAGGGACUCUCUCAGCUGCUCAACUUCCUCAUAGGGAACUUGGUUGACCCCAGGUUUGCUCCUGUCCUUGUAACAGCGGCUGAGAUGAUCCUGGACAUCUAUCAGACGGUAAUCGGCCAGUCACCAGUUGUGGACCGACAGCUGCUGCGUCUGCAGGAGCUGCUGGAGAAAGAGAUUGACUACCAGCGGGACCUGCUGGAGGUGCUGGGCAUGUUGGACACAUUGUUCGCCUCCUCCCUCCCUAAGAAGGAGGUACCAUGCUCUGCCAUCAGCAGGUCUAACGGCAUGGCUCAGGAAGAAGCAAGACCACAGCUUCAGGCCACCUGAGGUUUUUCUAGGGGGGGGGAACAACUGCUUCAGAUGGGGUUAGAGUACUUUUACAACUCCAAAACCUCUUUUUGAAACAUCAGACACAAAUGCCUUGACAUGUCAGGCUACAUGUCAUCAAACAGAAACAUUUUGUCACAGGUUUUAAGAGACAGCGACAAACCUAUGGUCUCGCUCUGGUGUUUUAACUUGGCGUGACUGACAUUACAACAGACAACAAAGAGAACAUUCAUAUACUGUAUGAGGAGUCUCUGAACGUUUGGAUGUAAAGCAAGUUCUUUGCUUUUAUUGGAAGUCUUGUAAUUACACUUUCAAUUGUAAGUGUGUGUGCGUGCGUGCGUGUUUUUGAAAGAUUUCGAUGCGAAUGUCUGCUUUAUGUUUUCAUAAUAUUUGGCAUUGACAAAUGUUUUAUAAGCAGAUUAAAAAAAUCUUUGUAAUAUUCAAA